UUCAUGAUGGUGAACAGCUCUGGGCGAGCAUCAGGGCAGAAAGCCCACCUGCUGCUGCCCACCCUGAAGGAGAACGACACCCACUGCAUCGACUUCCACUAUUACCUGUCCAGCAGAGACCGGUCCAGCCCCGGCUCCCUCAACGUCUACGUGAAGGUGAACGGGGGCCCCCAGGGCAAUCCCAUCUGGAAUGUCUCGGGAGUCGUGACGGAGGGAUGGGUGAAGGCAGAGCUGGCCAUCAGCACCUUCUGGCCACAUUUUUAUCAGGUGAUCUUUGAGUCGGUGUCUCUGAAAGGACACCCCGGGUACAUCGCAGUGGAUGAAGUCAGAGUUCUCGCCCAUCCAUGCAGAAAAGCCCCUCAUUUCCUGCGGCUCCAGAACGUGGAGGUGAAUGUGGGACAGAACGCGACGUUCCAGUGCAUUGCUGGGGGGAAAUGGUCCCAGCACGACAAGCUCUGGCUCCAGCAGUGGAAUGGGAGGGACACAGCCCUGAUGGUCACUCGAGUGGUCAACCACCGGCGUUUCUCGGCCACGGUGAGCGUGGCCGACACCUCCCAGCGCAGCAUCAGCAAGUACCGCUGUGUCAUCCGCUCCGACGGCGGCUCCGGAGUGUCCAACUAUGCAGAGCUCAUUGUGAAAGAGCCCCCCACUCCCAUCGCCCCUCCGGAGCUCCUGGCCGUGGGAGCCACGUACCUGUGGAUCAAACCCAACGCCAACUCCAUCAUCGGGGACGGGCCCAUCAUCCUCAAGGAGGUGGAGUAUCGGACAACCACGGGCAACUGGGCAGAGACUCACAUUGUGGACUCCCCCAAUUACAAACUGUGGCACUUGGACCCCGACGUGGAGUACGAGAUCCGGGUGCUGCUCACGCGCCCCGGGGAAGGAGGAACAGGCCCCCCUGGGCCCCCCCUCACCACCAGGACCAAGUGUGCAGAUCCCGUGCACGGCCCCCAGAACGUGGAGGUGGUGGACAUUCGGUCGCGGCAGCUGACGCUGCAGUGGGAGCCCUUCGGCUACGCCGUGACCCGCUGCCACAGCUACAACCUCACCGUGCAGUACCAGUACGUGUUCAACCAGCAGAAGUUCGAGGCCGAGGAGCUCAUCCAGACCUCCUCCCACUACACCCUGCGGGGUCUGCGGCCCUUCAUGACCAUCAGGCUGAGGUUGGCCCUGUCCAACCCCGAGGGCAAGAUGGAGAGCGAGGAGCUGGUGGUGCAGACCGAGGAGGAUGUUCCUGGACCUGUUCCCUUGGAAUCCAUCCAGGGAGGACCUUUUGAAGAGAAGAUCUAUGUGCAGUGGAAGCCUCCAAAUGAGACAAAUGGCAUCAUUACACUCUAUGAGAUUACAUACAAGGCCGUUGGGUCCCUGGAUCCCAGUGCUGACCUGUCCAGCCAAAGGGGGAAAGUCUUCAAGCUGAGGAAUGAGACCCACCACCUGUUUGUAGGAUUAUACCCUGGGACCACAUAUUCCUUCACCAUCAAAGCCAGCACAGUCAAGGGCUUUGGGCCACCCAUCACCACUCGGAUUGCAACUAAAAUUUCAGCGCCCUCGAUGCCGGAGUACGACACGGACUCGCCCCUGAACGAGACCGACACCACCAUCACCGUGAUGCUGAAGCCUGCUCAGUCCCGGGGAGCACCUGUCAGUGUUUAUCAGCUUGUUGUCAAGGAGGAGAAGCUGCAGAAAGCGAGGAGAGCUGCAGACAUCAUCGAGUGCUUCUCUGUCCCAGUGAGCUACAAGAAUGCCUCCAGCCUGGACUCCCCACACUACUUUGCAGCUGAGCUGAAGCCCAUCAACCUCCCUGUCACACAGCCCUUCACCGUGGGCGACAACAAGACCUACAAUGGCUACUGGAACGCUCCACUUUCUCCCCUGAAAAGCUACAGCAUAUACUUCCAGGCACUUAGCAAGGCCAAUGGAGAAACAAAAAUCAACUGUGUCCGCCUGGCAACAAAAGGAGCUUCCACCCAGAAUUCCAAUGCAGUGGAACCAGAAAAACAAGUUGACAGCACAGUAAAAAUGGCUGGAGUUAUAGCUGGUCUCCUGAUGUUUGUGAUUAUCCUCUUGGGAGCAAUGCUUACCAUCAAGAGAAGAAGAAAUGCCUAUUCCUACUCCUAUUACUUGCAUUCAAGCCAAUGUUUUAGGGGCCUCUCUGUCUUCUACAGGACCAGGAAGCUGGCCAAGAAGCAGAAGGAGACUCAGACCAGCACACAGAGGGAGAUGGGUCCCGUGGCUACUUCUGACAAGACCUCCACCAAACUCAGUGCUGUGCACAAUGAAGAUGCUUUUUCUUCCAGCUGCCAAGAUGUUAAUGGAUUCACAUCACCCUCUCCUUGUUCAUUUUCUGUCCAAAGCAAAACCCUUCAGAGCAAAUCUAUGUUGAAUUCCUACUACUCAGUAUCAUCAGACACUGUCCCAUCGACCACGCUGUUAGGUAAGAAGACAGACAGCAGCCAUGGAGAGAUGCCCCAGCCCACGCUGACCAUCCAGACCCACCCGUACCGCAGCUGCGAGCCCGUGGAGAUGUCCUACCCCCGGGGGCAGUUCCAGCCUGCCAUCCGAGUGGCAGACCUUCUGCAGCACAUCACCCAGAUGAAGAGGGGACAGGGCUAUGGCUUCAAAGAGGAGUAUGAGGCACUCCCCGAGGGCCAAACGGCGUCCUGGGACACGGCCAAGGAGGAUGAAAACCGCAAUAAGAACAGAUACGGGAACAUAAUCUCCUAUGAUCACUCAAGAGUGAGAUUGCAGCUGCUGGAUGGGGACCCUCACUCUGACUACAUCAAUGCCAAUUACAUCGAUGGGUACCACCGGCCUCGCCAUUACAUUGCAACUCAAGGGCCAAUGCAAGAGACAGUGAAGGAUUUCUGGAGGAUGAUUUGGCAAGAAAACUCUGCAAGUGUUGUCAUGGUCACCAACCUGGUGGAAGUGGGCAGGGUGAAGUGUGUUCGAUACUGGCCAGAUGACACGGAGGUCUAUGGAGAUAUUAAAGUCACAUUAAUUGAGACAGAACCCUUGGCAGAGUACGUCAUACGGACAUUCACGGUCCAAAAGAAAGGCUACCAUGAGAUCCGAGAGAUUCGGCAGUUCCACUUCACCAGCUGGCCGGACCACGGCGUCCCCUGCUACGCCACGGGCCUGCUGGGCUUCGUGCGCCAGGUGAAGUUCCUCAACCCCCCCGAGGCAGGACCCAUCGUGGUGCACUGCAGUGCUGGGGCAGGGAGAACAGGCUGCUUUAUUGCCAUUGACAUCAUGCUCGACAUGGCAGAGAACGAGGGCGUGGUGGACAUUUUUAACUGCGUGCGGGAGCUGCGGUCCCAGAGGGUCAACUUGGUGCAGACAGAGGAGCAGUAUGUGUUUGUCCAUGAUGCCAUUUUGGAGGCAUGUCUCUGUGGCAACACGGCCAUUCCAGUUUGUGAGUUCAGAUCCAUCUAUUACAACAUCAGCAGGCUGGAUCCACAGACCAAUUCCAGCCAGAUAAAAGAUGAGUUUCAGACCCUGAACAUCGUGACGCCGCGGGUGCGGCCGGAGGAUUGCAGCAUCGGGCUCCUGCCCCGCAACCACGACAAGAACCGCUGCAUGGACGUGCUGCCCCUGGACCGCUGCCUGCCCUUCCUCAUCUCCGUGGAUGGCGAGUCCAGCAACUACAUCAAUGCUGCCCUCAUGGAUAGCCACAAGCAACCUGCUGCCUUUAUUGUGACCCAGCACCCUCUGCCCAACACCAUCGCAGACUUCUGGAGGCUGGUGUUUGAUUACAACUGCUCCUCUGUGGUGAUGCUGAAUGAGAUGGAUGCAGCACAGCUCUGCAUGCAGUACUGGCCAGAGAAGACAUCCUGUUGUUAUGGCCCCAUUCAGGUGGAGUUUGUCUCAGCAGACAUUGAUGAAGACAUCAUCAACAGGAUAUUCCGGAUCUGCAACAUGGCCAGGCCCCAGGACGGCUAUCGCAUCGUGCAGCACCUGCAGUACAUCGGCUGGCCGGCCUACAGGGACACCCCUCCCUCCAAACGCUCCCUGCUCAAGGUGGUCCGGAGGCUGGAGAAGUGGCAGGAGCAGUACGAUGGCAGGGAUGGCCGGACUGUUGUCCACUGCCUGAACGGAGGGGGACGCAGCGGCACCUUCUGUGCCAUCUGCAGCGUGUGUGAGAUGAUCCAACAGCAGAACAUCAUCGAUGUGUUCCACAUAGUGAAAACACUACGGAAUAACAAAUCCAACAUGGUGGAGUCACUGGAACAGUAUAAAUUUGUAUAUGAGGUUGCACUGGAAUACUUGAGUUCCUUUUAGCCCAGAGGAGGGAGGGGACCCUCGGAUGUGCCAGACCCCAAUCUCUGGCAGGCGCUUCUCCCCUCUCCCACACUGGAAGGCAGUAACAAGUGUGGGAAGGAAAACCUCUCCUUCCUGGAGCAAGAGACUGAGGUUGCACAGACCUCGCUGGAAGGAGGAGACAAUGCCUGUGUGUGCUGCUGCCUGCUUUCUAUUGGAACAUCUACUGCUUCUUAAAUAACCUACUGUAAAAAUUAGCAAAAUGGGAGACAGGCUGAAAGACUGGACUUUCUAAUCCCCUCUGACUUCUUCUCUCCUCUUUUGGAUUGUAUUUUUGCUCUGCUUGCUGCAGAGUGGGGAAGGAAUGAAACCCUUAGGAAAUUCUCUUUUAAAUGUCUCCUUUUUAAUUUAUAAUUUUGUUCUCGAAUCCCAGUCUUUUCAUUUUUUAAUUUUGUGCAGCAGUCAUUUGGGAAAAAUGAGAUAGCCAUAGGGGAUACAUGAAAUAUUUCAUUACGGUUUGUCUACCUUAUCUCUUUCCUUUUUUAUUUGUUUUUCCAAAUGAAAAGGCCAACACAGAAGAAAAACAACGCUGGAAUUCUCUUCCCACACGUAGUUCCCUUUAAGCAUGAAAAUAGACGGUGGAGAUGAGCAGCUGUUCGUGGAUUCACUGCCUCCACACAAACGUUUCCUCCCAGUUUCUGCUCCACUCCCAGGGCUGUGCAUGAACCGGUUCCACCUCUCUGCUCUGUGUUCCCUUGGGUGCUGGUGAAGCAAUGCCACUGAUGAGUUUCCCAGCCACUUGAACCUUAAGGUUAAAUAUUUGCAUCAAACAGAUUGCAGUUUGUCUUGCAACUUUGGUAACUUUGUUACCACAUUUUUCGAGUAUUUGCUGGGGUGCAGUGUGUCUUUGAAAAAAAACAAACAGGGUAUAAAGUAGGUAUUCUUGCUCAUAUACUAUGUAUUACUGUUUUUUAUUUAUUAUUUGUAUUGCUGUAGAACUUAGGACCCCUAGUCACGACAGGACCCUGCUGAACUAGGCACUGUGCAAACAGAGAGCAAAGAAGGUUCCUGCUCCAGAGUUUAAAAGCUGAAGGUUCUUAAAAUUGGGUUUUGGCAAGAUUUCCUCGCUUUUUCCAGGCCCUACAAGCUUUAAAAUGGGAACCCGUUGGAGCUGCAGGAAAGGUGAUGUACAUACACAGAAACCUGUUCUGACACAUGUAAGGAGAAGUGUUAGCCCAGCACAGCAACUUCUCUUCUUAAGCAAAACAGCUUUUGUUUCAUCCUGCAAAAAAUGCCUGUGCAACUCUCCUGCUCCCAAACAAACACCAGAUGUGUUUUGCCAUGGCUCUGGAUCUCGCUCUGAUUUCGUAGCAGCUAAGAAAUUGCUUUUCUGAAAGAGUGUGUUUAAGUAGUUAAUCACUAAGGUCUGCAGGGUAAUUUUGGAGAAAAAAAAAUAAUUGAAAGAACAAGGCCUUACUAUAAUUAGUAUUUGAAUUUAGCCAUUUAUUUAUCUGGAGGGUGCUGGAUAUGAGGUUGCUCUCUGUGUAAAUUAGAUUCUGGGAUGUAGGUUUCUUUAAACUCAGACUUUCUAAAAGAUAGAUUGAAGGGAAGAGUUUAAAGAAAUUCCACUUUCUUACCACCCUGUAUUUUCCACCCUCAGGUAAAUUCUCAGAGGCUGUGCUGGGAGCUCUGUGCUCUCAAUGUGUGACAAGUUCAACACAUUUUGCUACUUCUGUCUGUAAGUUCAAAAGGCUUCACUUCAUGAUCAUUAUUUCUUCAAUAGACAAACUGCCUUGGCAGUGAGGGAUGAAAAUGAGAGCUGACCAAAGCAGCUCUCAGCUCACACAGGUACCUCACCACAGAGUUUCCAUCCACCAGGAGCUGCACCAGUCCAGGGAAGGGUGCUUGGAACUGCAAUAAUCCUCUUCCUGAUAAGCAGAUGAAGGGGUCUGUGGGAUACUGAACCUCCUAGCCUGGAUUCUUUCUAAGGAGCUUUGGAUUCUUGGCUUUAAUGUCAUGAACCUCAUCCUCCCUGAUGUGCUGUAAAGUGUUGGUGAGAACUCCCUCACAGGAGCCUCUGCUCUGCUUCUAGUUGGUCCUUUCUGUUGCCUGCAGGAAAUCAUGAAAUCCCCUUUAGUUCCAAAUGGGGCUGGAGGUGGGUGUCUGGCAUCUCCUGAGACAGGCUACUAGUUUGAAUUGUUGGGGUUUUUUUCCUUAUGCAACUAAGCAACACAAACAAUUCUGCAGGGAAAAAAGAAUAGAAGGCAAAGCAAAGCUCUGAGAUAAAAAUGGCCUUAUAUUGGUGUUUGCAUUACAGGUGGCUGGAUGGAACAGUGUAGGUCAGGAGUUGGGAGCUAUUAGUAAAGAUGAGGGAAUUCUGAUCCCAGAAUGGGAUUUUUGAGCAACUGCCCACGUAGGAAGAAGCUACAAGUCAGCAAAGUGUUUGUGACUCUGCUGACUCCAGAAAGCCAGAGGGAAUCAGUCCCUGUGGAUACUAUGGAAAUACUAAUUAGCAUUUAGCAUUCUGUUAAUUUUACAUGGAAACUAGCACAGGGAUGGGUCUCCUUCAUGAUAUAAGAGGGGGAAAGACUGGUGGAAGCACUGAGAGUGACAACCAGGAUAAAAGGAACAGAAUGGUAAAGAAAUAGGAUGAGAUGUGAAGUAUAGGACCUAAUUCAGGCUUAACAGUAGCAGGAAGGAAAGUGGAUUAAAAAAAGGGAAUUAAGCCUGCAGGAGGGAUGUGUGCAUGGAGAGAAGGAGCUGUGGGAUGAGCAGAGCAGAACAGCACUUGCAGUGGAGUUGUUUAAGGUCCUGAGGUAGGAUUGACUGUGUUUUAUGGUAUGAAAAAUGCUGCUAAAGGAUUUUAAGUCCCUGGAUCAGGCUGCUCCACGGCAAGUCAGGUGCGCUUUUGGCCCUCUGCAAACGCCAGGUGAUGUUGACAUGAAGUGCAGGGGAAGAUGUUAAAGCUAAAUUUUACAUUUUGUAGGAGUUAAAUGCAAGUGUUGGUUGCCACAGCCCAGCUGUUAAUCACAGCUUGUUCUGUGGCCCCUCAGCUGCGUGUCUGAACCCUCAUGUCCAUGUGUGGGAGGGUGCUCAGUGGACACUGAAGGUUUUGUUGCCAAACUGAUAAAAAUUCCUGCAGUUAUGGUGCUUUUGGGGGACCAACCCAGCUCCAGUGUGUGUUGUCUCUGGGAUAUUCCUGCUGUUCCUUGCUGCACACAGUGCAUAUAUGCUGAGUGUGAAUUAAUGAUGAAGGGAAUUGUGUGGAAAGAGAGGACGAGCUGGCUUUAAAUAACUUUAUUACCUUGAAGUUGUUUAAACCCUAGAGAGCAGCCCAUGGCAGAGCAGGUAAUGUGUUUGAAGCAUGAUUAUGGGUGAUGGGUUUGUUUUUGUGGGGAAGGAGAGAAAUUAUUAAAUGAGAUGAGAUGAGAUAAAGGAGGUUUUCUCGCUCCUGGAAAGAUUAAUAGUCAGGGUGAGCUUUCCAGCCUAAGCAUCCCCUGCUGUGGAUGGAAAGCGAUAAUGUGCAGUAGAAAAGGUGAAUUCCUUCAAGUGAUUGAAUUUUAAGCUGGAAAAAUAUCAUAUUGCCCAUUCAAAUAUCCACAUUUGAAUGGACAUAAUGAACAUAAACUUAUUCAGUCAUCCUUCAGGAGUGAGGGAGCAGUUUAUGAUAGCACAGGACUGGUGUAAGGUUUGGUCUGAAAUACAAGAUACUAGAAACAGGGAAAGAAGCGUGGGUCAGGUGUGACUAUGUCAUACAGAGAGUAACUAACAUCUGAAAUUAGUAUGGGAUGUAACUGAAACAGUGAAUUCCAGAGCUAUCUAAGCUGGCUGCUGGAGAAGAAAGAGUUUUCUAGAUGGGAGAUAGACCAAAACCCCUAAAAGAUACAGUAGGCCUUAAGAAUCUUUUCUUUUUUUAGUUUUAUGUUUGCUUGGUGGGGGGGUUUGGGUCUGUAUCUUUUUUUAAAUUAAGAUCUGUGCAGGACCGAUGUCCUAUGGUGGCUCUUUUGGUUUGGUUUGGGUUUUUUUUCUUCUUUGAAGGUAAGGUAAAAGGUGUUUGAGCUGCUGUAAAUAGACUUGAGGUACUUGUUUAUUAAUGUAAAGAAAAGAGAGAAUACAGUGGCUGUGUGGAGGUACCUGAAUCAGGACCUCUGAUGGCAAGCAGGCAGAUGGGGAUGUGGUGGGUUGUGUAUGUUUGCAAGUUGGAAUAACCUGUGUUCUCUGAGCAGGGAAGUUCCUUUCCUGGGCUAUGAUUAGUAGGAAGCCCUUUAAUUUGGUAUUCUUCAGCAAGGUUGCACAGAGUUAUGUCUGCUUUUGCCAUGCAACAGUGGGUCCCUCUUAAUUUAUUCACAUUUUAGCCAUUUUUGUGAGGUGUGACUUUGUGUGGCCUUUACCCCCGAGAUAACCUGCAGUUUCCAUCCCCUUGUCUUGUCCACCUGCACACACAUCUGAAGAAUGUCCAGAGAACUCCUGAAAGGCAGACAGAGAUUUUGGGAGAUGCCUCAAAUCAUUCUGGUCCAUGUAACUCCACAGAGCAGAGGAAGGAACCCCAAAGAACAGCUGUUCCCUGCAGCAGCCUGUAUUUGUGUGUCAGUAGUUUCCAACCUUUUAUGGAAAAAAAAAGUCCAGUGGCAACAUAGACCCCACAGUUGUAGAUUUGAGCCUCUAGAUGCUAGACUGGCUUUUCCAUUUACUUUUCACAGGCCCUUUAGCAGCAGUUUGUGGGGUUUCCUUUGGGAAUCUUAAGGCAGAGAUUGCUGGGCACUGCUCUUGUUGUGCUGUAGAGUCAGAGAAGGAGAGAGGCUCCUGCAGCAGGUGGUUCAGAAGACACUUAAACUAGUUGCCAUCUGGGAGAGGAGGAAAGAAGGAGAAAUCUCCUUUGGGAGAAACCCAUCUUUGGAGGAGAAGGAAGAUUAAAUGGAUCCUGAAACAGGGAGGAAUUUGCACCUUGCUCUCUCUCUCAGUCUUGCACAGCUGCUCUUUAUCUUUCUUACACUUCCGAGUUCCUGCCAAGAUCAUAAAAAAACAGGUAAUGCCACAUUCCGUGCUGUGGGGAUGGAGCACUCAGAGUGUGACAGAGAGAAUAAAUCCUGAGGGACAGAGAUAAAAGGAGAUUCACUUGAGAGAGGAAUCUUCAAAUACGAGGUGCCUCUGCCUGUCACACCUGCAGAAUUUUUAGUGAGUCGUCACAGAGCAGUGCACAGUCCUGGCACGGUCCUGGGUGUGCAAUGUGGUGGCAAAGUUCCACUUGGAGAACUUCAUUGUCCUGUAAUAAAUGUGAGCAGUCAACUCCACUACGUUGGUGGCACAGUUAAUUUUUGUGAUCCCUCCAGCCGGUGCAAGGGGCGUCUCAAGAACUUUGGUGUGAAACUGCUGUGUUUUCAUUUGAGAGUCUUUCAUUUGUCUUAAGUGUAAAAAGAGUCAGUCAGCCCCAGAUUUUUAAGAAAAUAAAGGGGGGCCAUGUGGUUAAAGUGGCAAAAGUGGUUAAAGUGGUUAUUCAGCAUAACCACGGCCUUUGGGUCAAAAAUUCCGUGUACCUGCUGUGUGAGGGUAGAACAAACCACCACAGCUCCCCUGCCCAGACACUGGAGCAGAAACGGGGAAAGCCAGGGAAUUAAAGUCAGAGAGACAGACAUGAGUAAUAAGGAUUCUGUUAACCCUCCUGUGCUCCUGUUUAUUUAGAUUGCAGUCUUCUAUAGCCAUGCAUACAUAAUAUACAAUUUAAAUGCAAGUGCUCUUUCUUUCCCUGUUCCCAAAAAUACCUACAGCUCUUCUUUCCUCCAGGGUGAGCCAACAGCAUAGCAAGCAAAGCCCAAUUUCUGCAGUUUUUGGCAAGGGCCACUAGGAAAAUCCAUCAUGUAUUAUCUGCUCAUUGACUUGGAAAAGGUAUCAGUCAUCUCCCCUCAUAUACAUACUUGAAGAAUGUACAAUUUGCUGAAACUGUCAAGCAGAAUCAUAUGUUUUCAUACACCGAGACCAAAUCCUGGUGGUACAGAGUGUGAUGGAAAGAAAAAAAAUUACAAAAACUUGCUGACUUCCAGUGACCUCUAGUCUAUAAUCUCUAUUUGCUGUGUUAAACUAUUUUAAAAGUUUCCCUUGUAAAAAAUAACCUCAGACUAUCCUACAGGUUGAUGUUGGAUUAGCAGAAUUGUGAAAACCUGGCGGCUUUUUCAGUUUGUAAAAACGUGAGAGGUCUAAAUUAGUCUUUCCCAUCCUCGCCCCAGUGCAUGCAGCAGAUUUUUCACCACUAUUGUGUUUUCAACCUGAGCCUUAAAAAACAAACUAAUGCAGCAGACUGAGUGCCAGAUGCUGGUAUUCCCAUAGUGUUUCCUGGGGGCAAAAAAAAUUAAAAAUAAUAAUAAUAAUAAAAAAAAAGAAUGAAAUGGGAAAAGAACAAACUAAAAUGUUGUUUUCUUGGAACUCAAUUCAGCCUGAGCUGUUUCUAAGCAGUAUAAAUGUGAGCAAGUCCAUGUCACUCUGUCUGGAGGAAGGAUGUGCUUGUUACAAGGUGAAGGUUUGCUCUUGAUGUCCCUUUGGGACCGCUCCUGAUACUUCAUAUGUGGGUAUCCAGCAGUGUAGUGGUUACUUCAGGGAGGGCACUUUGUCCCAGAAGGAGUGUUUCAGUGGAGAUCUGUUCCCCUGAAACAGUUCCCCUGUUGGUGAGACUGUGUGAGACACCUCGGGAGUGGGGAGUGUUGCACUGUGGAGACUGAUUUCCUUGUGUGAGUACAUCAUCUUUCAACAGGGACCUCCAGGAAAUCUUAUUUGUGCAAAGUUAUGGAAAGAAGGGCGUUUUGGGGGGAUGGAAGUGGGAGUGGGGCCAGCACUUCACAAGCUUUCCUGAAUUUAGGUGCUCUGACAAGACUCCCCGGGACAAAGGCUGGUCAGGUUUUCACGUUGCUGACAGUUGAACCAGAAUUCAUGUGCUAGACUUCCAUGUACCUGGAGCAGAACUGGAAUUACCCUCUCAUCACCCCUCCAGCCCUUUCUUGCAUUGCCAGCACUUAAACACUGUACUUCUAUGCCAAAAGUUUGAGCUGCAUCCUUAACACAUCCUUUAACCCCCCUGACUAACCGCGGGGACAAAAUUCACUCCCCUGCUGAUUUAACCUCCUCCCUCCCCGCGCCGACACUGUGGAAUUCAAAAUGUCCCAGCAUUUUGUUGCCAGGCUUGUCACCACUUCACACAGCCGUGCUGUGGCUGCCCCUGGAUCAGCAGUGUCCCAUCCCAGGCCCCUGGAUGUGUUCUCCAGCAGGGAGGAGUGCUGCAUGAGAGCCAGUCUCUGCUGUUGCGAUGCCGCCCCAUCUUCCCCCCCUUUGGCCUUUCUGGAUUCCUGGUGAAACUCACUUGUACAGUUUGGAUGUUUGAUAGAUAAAGCACGUAUGAAAAAAAAAAAGGAAAAAAAUAUAAAUACAAAACUCUCAACACUGUGCAUUCAGUGUCUUUCUAGCUUAAAAGAAGGAAGGUAAAUAAUGUCAAGUCAAUGAAUAUCAGAUAUAUUUUUUGACUGUACAUUACAGUGAAGUGUAAUCUUUUUUUUACAACUGCGAGUCCAUCUUAUUUAUUCUUGUAAAUGUUCCCAGACAAUGUUUGUAAUAUGGGCUGUGUUGCAAAUCCAUAAAAUAAAUCUGUGAUCUGAGAUUAAUGUUUUACUAAGA